AUGGUCAAAAUCAUUGUCCUCUCAAUUCUAGAGAACAAAUCUAGGGUGUGCAAUGGAGGUCUCACAAGUAGCUAUGUCAGAACAUCCGAACCGUCCGUCGACAUUCCGGUCAACAACUUCCCUCCACCUUCAGGCUACAAUGCACCCGAGCAGGUUCACAUAACACAAGGAGAUCACAUUGGGCGGAGUGUGAUCAUUUCAUGGGUGACACCUUUAAUGCAACACCCGAAUGUGGUGACAUACUGGGAAGCAGAGGGGAAGCACAAUCACAAGCAGGAGGCUGGUUCUAUAGUCACCUCUUACAGAUACUACAAUUAUAGUUCCGGCUACAUUCACCAUGCUACUAUUAAAAGAUUAAAGUAUGACACUCGAUACUUUUAUGAGCUUGGGACUGACAAUGCUACUCGUAGAUUCUCCUUCACAACUCCUCCCAAAGUAGGACCUGAUGUUCCCUAUACCUUUGGAGUUAUGGGUGAUUUGGGACAAACAUAUGACUCGUAUCAGACACUGGAGCAUUAUGUGUCGAACCCAAAGGGUCAAGCUGUGCUGUUUGUAGGCGAUCUUUCUUAUGCAGAUGAUCACCCCUUCCAUGACAAUGUGAAGUGGGAUACAUGGGGGCGUUUCGUUGAGAAGAGCACUGCAUAUCAGCCGUGGAUCUGGACUGCCGGCAAUCAUGAAAUCGAUUUUGCUCCUGAGAUUGAUGAAAACGUUCCUUUCAAACCAUAUAUGCACCGGUACCAUGUACCAUACAGGGCUUCCCAGAGUACAUCCCCACUUUGGUAUUCUAUUAAGCGUGCAUCAGCGUAUAUCAUUGUCCUUUCUUCUUACUCAGCCUAUGGGAAAUAUACUCCUCAAUACGAGUGGCUUAAAAAAGAGUUGCCAAAGGUUAACAGAGCUGAGACUCCAUGGCUCAUUGUUCUUCUUCACUCUCCGUGGUAUAAUAGUAACAACUACCAUUAUAUGGAAGGCGAAAGCAUGAGAGUGAUGUUCGAGCCCUGGUUUGUUGAGAAUAGAGUUGAUAUUGUGUUUGCUGGUCAUGUUCACGCCUAUGAGAGAUCAGAGAGGAUAUCAAAUGUGAAGUACAACAUAACAGAUGGACUGAGCACUCCAGUUAAGGACCCUUCUGCUCCGGUAUACAUAACAAUUGGCGAUGGUGGAAACAUUGAGGGCAUUGCUGAUUGCUUCACAGAUCCACAACCUAGUUACUCUGCAUAUCGCGAAGCAAGCUUUGGGCAUUCCCUUCUUGAAAUUAAAAACCGGACUCAUGCUUACUAUACUUGGCACCGUAAUCAAAACAGUGAAGCUGUUGCUGCGGAUUCUAUUUGGUUUUAUAAUAGGUACUGGUAUCCACACGAAGAAGGCUACUCCAACAACGAAGGGGUUUAG